GAAGGAUUGUUAUAAAUAUACUUUUUAAAGAUAUUUUUCCUCAGUUUAGAUUUGUUUCCAGGCUUAUUUUUAAAAACUAAAAAAAUGUUUUUAUUUGUUAAUCUACAAUUCAAAUCCUUCAAGGCUCUAGAUGUUUAUGAGAUGGUGUACAAAAAUAAAGUCAAGAAUGGAUUCUUUAUAGAAGCUGGUGCUGCAGAUUGUAAAGGAUCUGUUACUCUCCCUUUCGAGGAUAAACUAAACUGGACAGGUCUUCUGGUGGAGGCAGUUCCAACAUUUUUUAGAGGUUGCUUAAAGAAAGAUCGUCGUGCAACUCUGAUCAAUACCUGCUUGGGGAUGAAGGAUAAGCCUCACUUUAUUGGUUUUGAUAUGUACAGCUCGGGAGUUAUAAGAGAAGUACAAGGCAAAUCUAUUGGGGCAAUGCCUGGUUUUGCUGGAAAAAAUCCAACCCAUUUAGUCGAGGUUCAAUGUUUCCCGCUAUACACAUUGUUAGCAGGGAUGGGAAAUCCAACAGUUCAUCUCUUUGUACUGGAUAUUGAGGGAUUCGAACUAGGUGUACUUAGACACAUACCUUGGGAUAAAGUGGAUAUCCAGGUAUUCAGUAUAGAGACAGAUUUAGCUGGACAUUUUAUGGACGGUUCAAGAGAAGAAAUUAUACAGAUAAUGGAAGGAGCAGGAUAUGUUAGGAAAGAUAUUGUUAAGAAAUAUAACGUGGUGCAGUUGUAAACAAGAACAUGACCAUAACAGACUCAUCCCAUGCAGAGAAAUUAACUAUAUAAAUCUCGUAUUUGAAAUAAAGAUUUUGAAAAUGUUU